AUGUACAAUGGCAGAGAUAAAAAGGCCAGAACACUGUAAGCAGCCAUGACAGGACACACAUUCCAGGAGCUGCCGUAUUACAAGUCUACCAUUAUACACAGAUAACAAAACAUAACACCUUAUGCAAAUAGAGCCAUGCUGCAUCCAGUCAUAAAGCGCACAACACUUCAUGGAACGCAGCAGCGUCCGACAGCCCAAACUAAUCGCUGCCUGACAAUCCUAGGAUUCCCGGGAAGCGGGCUCAUCUCUACAGCAUCUCAUCACCUUCUCAUGAUGAAGCCGGUAAUGUCGGGUCCCGAGUGUUUCUACAGAUUGCGCCCCCGAGGACGAGCAUAGGGAGAACCUGUUAGCAGAAUUCACGUCGAGAUAGGCGCUCGGCUGAGCUGGUCUGGUCUGAACUGUAAAGACUUCCGAGGCGGCAGUUUGAAAACAACAUGAAAGAUGGAAGCAGCCGGGUGUUAUCUCAGAACGGCGCUGUCCCUGUAUGUUAUCAUUGUGGUGAGGGCCGGUGAGAUGACCCUGCCAGAUGUUCAAUGUACUUCAUUAAAUGAAGGCCAUCCUGUUGAUAAAACACAAAAUCACUGCUUCUGUUAUAAACCAAAUUGGCACAUGGACAUGGUUUGGUCAACUCUUCAGAUUCAUGUCCAGAGUAAAGAAAGCGUGUUCUUUUUACCUCAUCAUAACUGCACUCAACCAGAGGAUGUGUACGAUUAUAUUUACUGUUGGCUAGACGGUGUCACAAGACCAAGAGAUUUCGAAGAUGUUCUCAUUGAUAUCAGUCGACUAGAUAAAGACUUCUGCUUCCAUAUCAAGUUUAGCAAAAAAUCAUCAACAUACAGUGUAACAGUACUAAAGAUUUGGUUCCAUCUUCGAAUAUUUGCUGUCCUAGCUGGUAUUCUUCUGUUUUGCUUAGCUGAUAAACUCAGUAGGUCCUCCCUCUUUUUUUAUGCCACUGGAAUAAUGCUUGGAAUGACAGCUUCUGUAUUAUUUCUUCUAAUAGCACUGAAACGGUUCAUCUCAAAGCCCAACACGUUUUGGCUUUUAUUAAGCACCUGUUGCUUUUUAACUGCAUAUGUCGUGCAGUUUCUGACUGAAAAUAUUACUUGGAUAUGGACUGAAAAGAAGCCUUUUGUCAUAGGUUACUUUGUAACAUUGGGAUUGCUCAGCUUUGCAGCCUGCUACAGUCAUGGCCAACUGCACAGUGAAUUCAGUUUUAAUCUUUUUUCUUGGAUGCUCCAAAUCAUCGCAUGCCUUCUGAUUUUCUUUGGCCACCCUGUCUAUGAAAUUGCCUUUAGUAUUAUUGCUGUUCUUCUGUCAUGUAAGGGGAUUCCCUAUCUCCACAGGGCAAUAAGUUACAUUUACAGGAAAGUGAGAUACAAGAAGUCAGUCAUUCGGUAUCUUACAGAAGAAGAAUACAAUGAGCAGUGUGAAGUUGAGACUCUCAAAGCAUUGAAAGAGCUGCAUGACUUCUGCAAUAGUCCUGACGUCAACUCGUGGCUUAUGGUGUCCAGACUUUCUUCACCAAAGAGGGAAAGAUUGAUCCCAGAGUGUGUAAAGAAGUCAGUGAAAGGUGGAGGAGGAAGUGUCAUGGUUUGGGGAAUGUUUCCUGCAGCAGGAGUUGGACCUCUCAUACAGCUACAUGGCUACAUGGAGUGAAUGCAAGUGUGUAUCAGAACCAUCCUCAACAACAUAUGGUUCCUUCCUUGCCUUCAUCACUCAAUCAGCUAUCAAUCUUCAUGCAGGACAAUGCCCCCUGUCACACAGCAAAACGGGUAAAGCAGUUCCUUGAAACUGAAAACAUUGAAACAAUGAAAUGGCCAGCCCAGAGUCCUGAUCUAAACCCAAUAGAAAACCUCUGGAAAAUCCUUUGUGACAAAGUUAUGGCCAAGAAACCCACAACAGUCACAGAACUGUGGAAGAGACUGGAAGAAGAGUGGACCAAAAUCACACCAGAGCAGUGUGAGAGACUAGUGAUGUCCUGUAGGGGGCGCAGAUGGG